UCCCUUUAUUUCACGCACGUGCGAAACCGAACUCAGACAAAAAAACGAAAAUAGAGAAGAAAAAAAAAGCAAGCGAAAUCAAUAGCAAGAAAAAAUACGAGGAAAAAAUAAAAUCAUUUUAGGGCACAAACAUCAUCAGAAUUCAGAAGCGCUUCAAGAACAGCAAAAAUCGAGGAAAUUCCCCCACCUAAAUCGACCAAAGAUUCUCGUUUUGGGUUUCUCAUUUCGAUUUGGGAUUAUGCACUGUUUCCCGAUAAGGCUCUUUGCUUGAAGUCUGAUCCCGCCAAAAUUUCUUCUUCACUUCCUUUGUUUGUCUGUUUCUGCUACUCGGAGUUGCGGAAAAACCUUGGUUCCUGCCUCGUGGUUCUGUCUUGAUUUCAUCCUUUAAGGUUUGCUUAAAGUUUGAGAAUUGGGAUUUUCCAAGUUUCGAGUUGGGAAUGGACCGAUUCUGUCGAGCCUCUGAUCUUCUCGAGAGUUCAGAAUUUUGUUGAGGAGAAUUAGUUCAGGUGAAAGUUUGUGAAGAUGGGUUCAGAUCAAAGUUUUGCUCGGUUGGAUACUUUAGAGAUAAAAGCCCUCGUUUUUCGGGAGAUCGGGCAUCAAAGAGCAGAGAAGUACUUUGACCAGCUCGGUAGAUUUCUUACCUUGAGGGUCAGCAAGUCUGAAUUUGACAGGUUCUGUCUUAAGACGAUCGGUAGGGAGAACAUCCCUCUUCACAACCGUCUAAUUCGUUCCAUCCUCAAGAACGCGAGUGUCGCCAAAACUCCGCCGCCGAGAAGUCUGAAGAGAGCCGAGGGCAAUGCUAGAUCCCGCAGAGAGAAUCAGAAGAAUCACGGUCAGUCUCUUUAUGGGGAUUCUCCCUUUCCUCCUCUGCCUCGCAAAUGCAGGUCGAGGAACCGGCCGAGUCCACUUGGCCCGCUCGGGAAGCCUCACAGUAUUACUACUACUACGAAUGACGAGUCAAUGUCAAAGGCUGAAUUGCUUUCUCUGGGCAGUAGACCUCCCAUGGAAGUUGCCUCUGUGGAGGAAGGAGAAGAGGUUGAACAAAUGGCGGGAAGUCCGAGCAUUCAAAGCAGAAGUCCCGUUGCUGCUCCUCUUGGUGUAUCUAUCAAUCUUAAAACCGGAGCUAGAAAAUCUGUUUCCAAUGUAUCCAUGUGUAGCAGUAGUAAAAAUCUCGAAACAUGUCAGAACAGAGGGGAGCUUCCUGAUUCAAGAACACUGAGGAGUCGUUUGGAGAGGAAGUUGGAGAUGGAAGGGCUGAGAAUGUCUAUGGACAGCAUUAAUCUUCUGAAUAACGGAUUGGAUUCAUUUUUGAGAAGGGUGAUUGAGCCGUGUUUGAAUUUGGCACAUUCUCGAUGCGGAAAUGAACCAUUGAGAGAAAUGGAUAGCCAGUUCAUAGGGAAUGACAGGCACGUGAAGCAACCGAGAAGGUUAUCCUGCAUAUCGGUGUUGGAUUUCCGUGCUGCAAUGGAGUUGAAUCCUCGGGUUCUUGGAGAAGAAUGGCCUGUGCAUCUUGAGAAGAUCUGUUCCCAUGCUUCAGAGUAGUUUAGCUACACAUUGGUUUCAAGCAAGGAAUGACACUUGAAACCAUCUUACACGAUUUGAGUGGCGAAUUCGGGUCUGAAGAGUCUAACUGCUGAGAAGCUCCAAAGAAUGCUUGAGAGUUCCAAAGAAUGCUUUGGAAGAAAACAAGCAAGAGAGUUCAUAAGUUCUGGUCAUAGCUGAUGUAUUGAGGCAUAGAUAGAGAGAGGUUUAAUCAUUUGUUAUAGCUGAUUUCUUCACUUCCGUGUAUUUUUUUCCCCUUUUUCUUCUCUCUAAUGUAACAAGUUUUGAGUGC